GAGGAUGGAAUACAGUGCAAGCCGCCGGUGAAUCCAGCGGAGAAGUGGUGGCCGGUGUCCUUUUGCACGAUGGUUUCGCUCAGAAGUAGGAAGAACUUCUAUCCUGGGGCGAUCCGGCUUGGUACAACCAGGGCCUAUCUCUUCGACAGCGAACAUGUUCUUAUAGAUUCUCGUGCGCGCCGGACCGGUGAAGUAUUCAUCCAGGGAACGGUUGUCAUGUUCCCCUGCCAUCUUGCGAACAUCACCACCGGUGACCAAGGAGUUGAUGCGGCAGGUUCUAUGUGCGCACACGACUCAGGCCAUGGAGAAGAUGCUGCUGGUGGAUGCGAUGGCUCGGAAGUGGAAGAAGCUGCCAGUAUGCACGCGGGCCUCGGACGUGCUCGUGGUGCACAUGAUGUCGUGCUUAAACGCGUGCGUGCGGCGCUACUUGCUGGUCCUGUCGUCGGGCGUGGCCGUGGAGGUGACGACAAUGCCGUCGGGGACGCCAGUGACGCUCGACGUGGUCGUCGACGCUUGGGCUUGGCUGGUCGCAGCAGAAUGCGCCCGGCUCUGACGAAGUGGCAAGGCGGCCUUACCGAAGUUGUUCCAUCUUCGCUAAAUGGCAGCAGCAAUGAUGCAACCAGCCCUGCCGACGUUAACCAAGGUGACUGUACAGAAAGUGUUCCAUCUUCAGUAAAUGGCAGUGGCAAUGAUGCAACCAGCCCCGCCGGCAACAUUAACCCAUGCAUCCGUGUGGAGUUGAAGAAAGGUGUUGUUCCAGAGAGUGACCCUGGAGUACAAGCUGAAGUAGCUGACACCGGCAGCAACAAUGGCUCAAAUGCUAAUCAAAAAAAGAAGCGAAGAUGGUACCCAGACCAUCAAAAGCAAGAAAUUUAUGCUAUGCUAUUAGAGCGGACAAAUCAAGGCGUACUAAACCAAGGGGUGGUUGACGAGGUGGCAGAGCUUUGUCAAGUUAAUUACCGGACUGUUCAAAACAUAUGGUCGAGAGGCAAGAAAGCCGGUGGUAUUCAUGGAGUAGCAAACAAAAGGGUGAAAACUUGUGGCCGCAAGAAGAUACCGUUUGAUUCAGAUGCCAUAAAAAAGAUUGAAUUGAGCAAAAGAACUACGCUCAAAGAUCUUGCUAAUGAGCUUCAAAUGGCGAAGACAACUUUAUGGAGAAGGUUGAAGGAGGGCAGACUGAAGCGCCAUACAAAUUCAAUUAAAUCCACAUUGACUGAUGACAACAAGGUGGGUCGGAUUCGGGUUUGUUUAUCCAUGUUGGAUGAGCUAAGUGUGCCUGAAGAACCCAGAUUUAAAGGCAUGUACAAUGUCAUUCACAUUGAUGAGAAGUGGUUCUACCGCACUAAAGGUACCCAGAACUACUACUUGGCACCUGAUGAAGAAGAACCCUAUCGCAGCACACAGAGCAAGGGAUUUAUCGAGAAAGUGAUGUUCUUGGCAGCAGUAGCAAGGCCUCGUUAUGAUGAUCAUGGUGUCAUGACUUUUGAUGGCAAGAUUGGAAUUUGGCCGUUCACAUAGCAGGACUUUGCAAAGAGGCGUAGCCCUUACCGAGAGAGGGGGGAAGAGGUAACCAAGGUUUUGCCGUCGGUGACGAAGGAUGUCAGUAGAGAUUAUAUGGUGAACAAGCUGCUACCUGCCAUCAAGGCUUUGUGGCCGGCUUCGGAACGCGAACGCAUAAUAUACAUUCCGCAAGAUAAUGCAAAGACCCAUAUUGCUGUGAAUGACAGUGUGUUUUGUGCAGCGGCACAGGCGGAUGGAUGGGAUAUUAGGCUUACAUGUCAGCCGCCGAACUCACCUGAUUUGAACAUUCUGGACUUAGGAUUCUUUGCUGCACUUCAGGCUCUUUUUGAGAAGAUGUCCCCUGGUAAAAUUGGUGAUAUUGUUGCAAAGGUGCAAAAAGCAUAUGACACCUACCCGGCUGAGAGAAGCAACCGUAUUUUUCUUACCCUUCAGUCAUGCAUGUGCGAGG